GCGGCCUUGCAGGAGUGCGUUUCGAGCAUCAAGAAAUUGAUUUCCGAGUACGAUCCCUCUGCGGAUGAUCAGUCUAAGGGCCAGAUGAAAGCUCGUGCUGAUCAGAUCUGCGAGGAGCUCUUCACCAAGAAUCUCGGGUACUUCGAGCGGGUUCGUUCUUGUAAGAGCGUCGUCCACCCAGUGAAUAGGUGGGGAAUGGGGCUCGACCCUUUCGAUGUACAUGCCUUUCUAGCGAAGAUAGUCCACCAGGGAUGGAGUGACCACGAGCUCAAGACGCCCAGGGCCUUGGAAAUCGACCCGCUGAAGGCCCAUGAGGUGCGCGAGUUCAAUCGCCUUCUUUGGACGGCCUCUGACGGCCAAUUGCCUCUGAUAAGCCAGCACGACAUGAAGAUCGCAACGCUGACCUGCUCCCAUACCGCUGCUGGGCAACGCGCCGUGCUUGGACAGUGUACGUCGCACCUGGCCCACCUGUGCACGGACGGCCGUCUCUGCAGGCAGAAGGUUGCGGCGCUGAGUCCAUCAUACAACAAGUCGCUCACGGAGGGCAUCCCUUGGUUUGUUAUUCGGCAUCAGGUCGCAACAGCGAUCCCUGAGUUGGCCGACUUUUUAAGCGAAGCUGGAAACGUAGGCCAUGGUAUUGACAGGAAACAAACUGAUAUCCAGGCUAUGUUUGCCGUGCACAAGAAAACUCUGCAAAACAAAUCGUUGCUUGGAGAUUACAAGCUGGAUGCGAUCACCCGCCAGCUGGAGGCCACCAGCACGCACCUCGAGGGGAAGAUCCGCGACAUCGGCGACUUCGUGAUCGCAUUCGGUGGUGGUUCCAACCCGACCUACAUCAAGUGCAUCGAGGCCUACUCGAAGGUGCCCACCAUGAGGCGCGACCUUCCCAGCUCCCUCAUUCGAGGGCUCGCAGCCCUACCGCUGAGCCAGGCGCCCGACUACGUGGUCGGCAUCAUCAAAGCAUCCCUCGUCGCUCCUGAGGGCCACUGCAACGGGGGCGAGGCGAAGCUCUUCAGCGCGAGCGACGUGAGCGACAUCGCCAAGAGGAAGUCUGUGACGCUGAGGGUGCAGUCGGAUAUGGUUUCUGCGAAGGAGUGGCUGAAGGUCGUUGGCGACAAGUCCAAAGGCAACGUCGUUGGCGGAGGCACCGCUGAAGGAACUACGGCGAAACUCUACGGCGACUUCCAGGUGAGGAUGACGAUGUUCUUGCACAAGAAGAAGGCGAAACACCGCGAGAACUUUGUCAGCACGGAGCAAAUCAAGCAGAAGCUCAUCAGCGAAACCAUCCUGAAGUUCCCAGCCUCGAAGGAGAUGGAGAAACCUUGGGACCUGCCAAAUGAUGAUCGUCAAGCCGCAGGUCGCCAGUCGCAAUCGGGUGUCAUGCGGGAGUUCGCCGGCGGCGGGGUCAGCUCAGAGUCGUUGAAGGCCGCUGGGAUGGACAUCGGAGUGCUGGUCCAGCUGAAGGGAGAUGAGGACACCAACAACGCGAAGACGUGGAACAUCAUUGAUUUCACGAAGGAUGGCAAGGUCAGUUUGGCGCCCAGCGACGAGCCUGGCAACACGGGCAAGGGCAAGAGCAAGAAGGUCAAGAACUCGAUCCUGGUGGAGGCCGCGACGUUGCUGGACGACUACGAGGCGGGGCCUGGCUAA